CCUGGUUACCACUCUGCCCCACAAUGCAUCACUUCUAGAGGGAGCGUUUGAGGAAACUUGAGCAAUUUCAACUUGUUAAUAUAACGUAACAUGGCGCUACAGGUGGAAGUGUGUGUCACACGCGAACAGUUAUCUUGACUCUGCCUGUGAUCAAAUGAAGAGAAAAGAGAGACCUUUGCAUCGGACGCUGUUCUAAGGUGACGACGUCAAGCUGUUAGCUACACAGCUAAUGUUACUAGCUUCUUAGCUAUGUUUGCUAACAGCAUUGUAGCGCGCGACGGUGGACCCUGGUAAACAUGUUUGCAAUGUGAUGUGAAUGGAUACCUGUCACCUUUGGUGAGUAAACCAAGUAAAUGAUGGAGAAGGAACAGCACAACUCCGUGGUCUUCAAUGCUUCAAAAAGAGAACUUUUCACCACGAACAAUGGAUAUAAAUCCAUGCAGAAGAGACUGCGGGCUCAAUGGAAAAUACAGAGUAUGAAAGAAGAGCUGUCUGUGGAUAAGCUGAAGGGUUUCAAGUUGUGGAUCACUGCAGGCCCAAGGGAGAUGUUCACAGAAUCAGAGCUGGAGGCACUGAGGCACUACCUGGAUGGAGGAGGAAACGUCCUGGUGAUGCUCGGUGAACGGGGAGAAAUUAAAAAUGACACAAACAUCAACUUUCUUCUAAAGGAGUUUGGAAUAAAAGUUAACAAUGAUGUUGUUGUAAGGAAUGUGUAUUACAAAUACUUCCAUCCGAAGGAGGCGCUCGUGUCCAAUGGUGUAUUGAACAGAGAGAUCAGCCGGGCUGCUGGCAAAGUGGUCACAGGAAUAAUUGAAGAGGAAAAUAUUGGAAACAAUGCACAGGCUCUCACGUUUGUGUACCCAUAUGGUGCCACACUGAAGGUGAUGAAGCCUGCUGUGGCUGUUCUUUCAACUGGCUCAGUCUGCUUCCCCCUCAACAGGCCUGUCUUGGCCUUCUAUCAAGGAAAGGAGGCUGGCAAACUGGUUGUGCUGGGUUCCUGUCACAUGUUCAGUGACCAAUACAUAGACAAAGAAGAGAACAGUAAAAUUAUGGAUGUCGUGCUCCAGUGGCUCAUGACUGAUAAUAUUCAGCUGAACCAGAUCGACGCAGAAAACCCUGAGAUAACAGAUUACACCAUGUUGCCAGACACGGGGUGCUUGUCAGAACAGCUCAGAGUGUGCUUACAAGAGGGUGACGAAAACCCCAGGGACUUCAACUCUCUCUUUGACAUGUCUUUAUUCAAUUUGUCUACCGACACUUUACCUCAAGUCAUUAGUGCUUACAAGCAGCUUAAUGUCAAAGAUGAGCCACUUCAACUGAUCACACCACAGUUUGAGACCCCGCUGCCUCAGCUUCAACCUUCUGUCUUUCCACCUGCCUUAAGUGAUUUACCUCCACCCAUGUUGGACCUGUUUGAUCUAGAUGAAAUGUUUUCUUCUGAGAAAGUGCGCCUAGCACAGCUCACCAACAAAUGUACAGACGACGAUCUUGAGUUCUAUGUGCGGAAAUGCGGAGAAAUUUUGGGCGUGACUCCAAAGUUGGAUAAAGAUCAGAGGGAUGCCAAGCACAUCUUGGAACACAUUUUCUUCCAGGUUGUAGAGUUCAAGAAACUCAAUCAGGAGCACGAGGUUGACGCUGAGGCGCAAUUCACUCCAUUGUGAGUGGAUUCAAGAAACAUGCUUAAUAUUUUCAACUCUGCCGUUUCAUUAUACCUGUUUUAUGACCUAGCAAUCUUCGAGUAAAAGAGACCGUUGAACUUAAAGGUCAUCAACAUGGUACUGUUGUGCUUAGAACUAUGAACUUGAGUAUCUUUAUAACCCCUUUUGUAUUAAAUUAUGGAAAAAUAUGUUGUAAAAAUAAACUCAAGCAAAAUAAAAUCUGUUUCACUUCUA